AUGCUUACAAGCAGCUACUUAACCCCCAACGGCGUCGUAGACAUGGCGUGCGACCCUUUCCAGGUGACGAAGAGAGCAGCGGAAGACACCGAGCGUCUCUGCCACUCGCACUAUGGCCGCUGCCCCCAAAUUAAAAUAUGGAAUGUGAAUGGGGCGCACUUUGCUUCUGUCCCCCAGUACUUGUAUUAUAUUCUGUCAGAGUUGUUAAAGAAUGCAAUGCGAGCGACAGUAGACAGAUUUCUAUCUCAGCCUAGACGAGAUGAGGAGGGGGUGGACUUGUCUGCUGCUGCUGCUGCUGCAGCAGCAGCAACCAACCGUUCUGCUUCUUACUCCCGUCUUUGGGGCCCCGACAAGCUGCCCGACCACUUGGGGCCCCUUUCCCCCCCAAGCAGCAGCAGCAGCAGCAGCAGCAGAGAAGUGCUUAGCAACCCUUUUAUGCAUGCACAAACCCUCUCUCAAGCAGCACCUCAAUACCAGACGGCCCCUGAGGUCUCCGACCCGCUGCUGCCCCCAGUGCAGCUUCUUGUAGCAGGAGAUGAGCAUUCUGUCUCCAUACGGCUGUCUGAUAUGGGAGGAGGAAUAAGCAAUGAGGCGCAGCCCCGAAUUUGGAGCUACAUGUACACCACAGCGAAGCCAGUGAAGUAUGACCCUAUGACGGGUUCUGUGGUGUACGCGCGUCCCCAGCAGCAGAAGCAGCAGCAGCAGCAGCAGCAGCAGCAGGAGGCGCAGCAGCAGGAAUCGCAGCAGCAGGAGCAGCAGCAGCAGCGGGAGGUGCAGCAAGAAGAAGGGUCUGAAGAAACAGGGUCUUUGUCUCAGUCGGUGACGAUUGGUUCUCUUGAUUUUACAACAAAAGAAGAAAGAAGACAGUUCAAUGCAUCUCCUUUGGCUGGCUUUGGCUGUGGGCUGCCCCUAUGCAGGCUUUAUGCUUCUUAUUUAGGGGGAAGCCUCACUUUAAUUUCUAUGCCUGUGCACGGCACUGAUGCGUAUAUACACCUCAGACGCAUUGGGGAUCAGCAGGUGCGAGCUCUACAAUCAUAA